GCACUAAGUAGGUGAUUGGCCACAGCUUACUGCUCCACUACUGAAGUUUUUGCUCCAUGUUUGACUACACAACAGAGUUAUCAUUUGAAGGAGAAUUAGGAAACCCACUAGCAAGCCUAUGUCAUUUAAUGGAUGUAAUAAUAACAUCAUAUUUUUUUCCAGAUCUAGGUUGGAAUUUGCCCCUGACAAAUAAGAAAAUGAGGAGUAAUGCAAGCGAUAUGUUGGCUGCAGCAUUGGAACAGAUGGAUGGUAUCAUAGCAGGUUCUAAGGCCCUGGAAUAUUCCAAUUGGAUUUUCUAUUGCCAAUCUCCCACCUCUCCAUUCAUGGGAAGUUUGCAAGCUCUGCACCUUGUGGAAGACCUGCAUGGAUUGUUAGAGAUGAUGGAAACAGAUGAGAAAGAAGGCUUGAGAUGCCAGAUCCCAGAUUCAACAGCAGAAAUACUUAUUGAAUGGCUUCAGAGUCAAAUGAUAGGUACAAAUGGACACCUACCUGGGAAUGGAGAUGUGUAGCAAGAAAGGUUGGCACGUUUAGAAAAUGAUAAAGAAUCCCUCAUUCUUCAGCUAAGUGUGUUAACAGACCAGGUGGAGGAUGAGGGAGAGAAGAUUAGAGAUUUGGAGUUUUGUCUUAGAGUUGAAGAGCACAGAGAGAAGCUGAAUGCCACAAAAGAAAUGCUGCAGCGGGAGCUUCUAAGUAGGACAUUCUUAGAAACUCAGAAGUUGGAUCUGAUGGCUGAAAUAUCUAUCUUGAAGUUGAAACUGACGGCUGUAGAGAAGGACAGAUUGGAUUAUGAAGAUAAGUUCAGAGACACAGAGGAGCUGAUUCAGAAGAUCAAUGAUUUGAGGUUAAAAGUCAGUGAAAUGGACAGUGAGAGACUUCAGUAUGAAAAAAAGCAUGAAUCAACCAAAGAUGAACUGGCAUCUUUAAAAGAACAACUAGAAGAAAAGGAAUCUGAAGUAAAAAGGCUACAAGAAAAAUUGGUUUUCAGGAUGAAAGGAGAAGGGGUUGAAAUUGUUGAUAGAGAUAAGAAGAUAUAUUUCACGUUUGUUAUCUUGUUUUUUUAA